AUGGAUGAGUUUGUUGCCCGAAACGAGGAUAUGGAUUCGAUACCUAAUUGGAUUACUGUAGAACGUGUGUUGACAUCGAACUGUGUCAGAAUGUGGAUUGGACUUUGUUCAUUCACUGCGACUGACUUGAACCGGAUAAUCAAGGGAUGGAUUGAAGGAAACAAUCUCAGACUGGAGAUAUAUAUUUCAUGUCGCUGUAAAACCGUUUGA